GCCGGCUGGACGGACGUGGUACGCGGCGCUCGGUUAUUCGUGUUAUUACGCCGGCACGUAAAUACGCCGACGUAUUCUCGUAGAUCCGCGUUACACAUCUUCGUGCAAGUGACUAGUUCGCUGCGAGACGCAGACCCUCGGUAUGUCGAACAUUAUUAUCUUGUUGUCGUUCUCUGUUUCUUUUACACAUUUCGCGCUUACCCUGUCUCUUACGCGAGCUUCAGUGUUUCGAGUGUUACUUCAAUUACCGCGAUAAAUCUGUUUCUUUCGGCUGUGCCUUGUUAAUUUGUGAUUUAUUUGAAUCUCUCUUGGCGCUCUCCGCCUUUCGGGACAUUUUGUCACGUGCUUGUGACCGCGGAGUGAAAGAGACAGACUGUGAGGAAAGUGCGGACGUACGCGUUGAGUUGUGUAUUGAUGCGUGAUCAGUGAAUAUUCAAGAAUAUCGGAUUAAAAGCGUUUUUAUGGAUCGCUGUGUAUUUUCGCGUUUUUACGAGGAUCCUAUUUUCUUCCGCGUCCGUUAUUGAGAUACGGCGACGAGUCGGCGCCGCGUCACGAGAGAUGGCGUUGCAAAAUAUUGAGAUACGGCCACGAGUCGGCGCCUCGUCGCGAGAGAUGGCACCACUAUGCCGCGACCAUUUCGGCGGUUUUGUGUUCGAACUUGAACCCGUUGAGAUAGCAACAACGAUAGUUCGAUGUACCACAAUCUCCGGCCGGCAGUCGUGUUGCGAGUCGUCGCGAUUUCAAAGUGUCGUAUGCUCGUCGAAAAUGCGUUGUGAAAGUGCGGGUCGUCACACGCCCGGUUUUCCGGAGUGCGAGCGAUCGAGUUCCCGUCCACGCAUCGACGAUCAGCCUCCGCCUCGCACAAGACGUCGUUUGCUAAGAUGCGAACGAACGCGCAUCGUUUUGGGCUCGCGGUUCGAAUCGCGGUCACGCGGCACGUCGUCUCGCGGUCAAAUCUCGAGGACGAUCCGAGUGCGAUCUGAGUGAUUCUUCGUCGUCAUCAUCGUCAUCAUCAUCGUAGCCGUCGCAGUCAUCUUGGUCUUCGUCGAUCCGGUGAUUCUGCGGACUGUGACUGCGCGUCGCGGACCAUCGCGGGUUCGGCGAGAUUCCUCGCGCUCCUUUGUCGCAGUGUGCAGCUAGACGAUCGGCGAACGAAGUCCGCGGCUAUCCUGGCGGACGUCAACGACCUUUCGAUUGGAUGCAGUUAAUUGAUCGAGACGGCCAGCGGAACGAAACCUCUCUCUCCCCUCUUUGUCGUUCUCUCGUGGAUAUUGGAUCGCGCGAAGGAGAGUGAAGCUUAACGGCGCAGCGGACUGAGUCGAGUUACGGGACAGCGAGUUAUUCCAGCGGGACCGUUCGUUCGUCGUAUCGCGAGAGUCAAGAUGCGUCGAUUUCUGCGCCUGCUCGCGCUGCAACUGCUGCUGCUGAUGAUUCUGUUGGCGUGCUGCGACCUGACGAGCUCAACGAGGUCGCGCAAUCGGAAGAAGCUGAAGACGAACCUCUGCCACAUCAAGGACCAAAAGGCGCCGAUAAACUGCAACUGUCUCUACCACGGCAACGUCACCGAGAUCGAUUGCUGGGUGGUGAAGCCGCUGUCGCGCGACGAUCCGUUCUGGGCCCACUUCUCGUCGCAGCACAUGGAGAAACUGUUGCUGAAGCAGCACGAGAACGGCAUCCUCGACUACGUGCCCGCGCAUGUGCUGCACCAGAUGAAGAACUUGCGCGUCUUCGAGCUCUUGUACGUGCAGAUGUCCGAGUUGCCCGAAUACUCCUUCGUCAAUAUCACCGGCCUCUCCGAGCUCCGCGUCACCGACGGCAAGAUCGUGAAGCUGCACGAUUACUCCUUCGUUAACAUGCGCAACCUGACGAUCCUCGAUCUCGGGAGGAACAACAUCAGUGAGAUUACAAGGGAAACGUUCGUAGAACUGCCAGUCCUGCGCACCCUCUAUCUCGAUCGUAAUCUGAUCAGUACGGUGCGUGACAAGGCGUUCAAGCAGCUGACCUCCCUGCAGAAGCUCGUACUGAGCCGCAACAAGAUCAACAACAUCGUCCGCGACUGUUUCCAAGGACUGCGCAAUCUGCAACAUCUCGAUUUGCGUAAUAACGCCUUGACGAUCAUCGGCGACCGCAGCUUCGUGGAUACGCCGGAGCUGCAGGUGCUCGAGCUCGACGACAAUCACAUCAAGAUAAUCGCGGGUCACGCGUUCUCCGGUCUACACAAGCUGCGCAAGCUCUAUCUCAGCGGCAACAGGCUGAUAAAGCUCGAGCCGCAGGUUCUCGAUAGCAUCCCCAGCGUGUCCUUCCUCGACCUGCGGCGUAACUUUCUCGAGACCCUGACCUUCGAGAGCAUCAAACCGAUCGUCUUCAACCUGUACAACGCCAACAGCAGUUUCUACCUGGACGACAACAAGCUGUCCUGCGAUUGCAAACUCAAUUGGACCUGGGGCCUGCGGAACGAGACGGUCAACGUGCGCACGAAGCUCUUGCUGGAAAGGCUCGUUUGCUACUACGAGAUCAACAACGCCACGGAGAAGAUCUACGGCGAAGGCAUAGACAGGAAUCUGGCCCUGGAAAGAAAUCAGCCGCUGGAGAUCGUGCAGAAUCCCGAGGAGAAUAACGGCGACAACUCGAGAUACAAUGACGGCGAGGAGGACGGCAAUCGCGACGAGGAAGACCGCGAGAAUUACGAAGAGGUCGAGCUCGAGAUCCCGCCUCUGCAGAAUGUCAAUGUCAAGGCCGACUGCAACGGCAAGGUGUGCUACGUAAAGCGGCUGUUCGACCUGAAGAUGGAGGAGCUGCCGUGCCCGAAGUCCUCGCGGGAGGACCUGAUGGCAUCCGAGCAGCCGUCCAGCCAUCCCGAGAAGAAUAUUCGCUCCGACCUCUCGAACUGGUUCAGCUCGUCGGCCCAGGCAGUCCGUUCCGUCCUCGCGGCCUCCCUAUUGCCGUUACUGUUUAUCCUCUUCACGUAGAAGCGGCUGCUGUACGUGCGAGCCGAAGAAACGCGGAGGGUAGCCGGCGACCCCGGCCACCUGAUAUCCCCCAGCGCGUCAAUGGGAAGACGUACACGUUAAAACGAAACGGUCGUGUGAGAGAGACGAGUGGACUGUCGUUGGGUGGUUGGCUGCGCGCGUGUGUAUGUGUGUAUGCCUGUGUGUGUAUGUGUGUGUGUGUGUGUGGGUGCGUGCACUUAAAUAGCGAAACCGACCGGACAAAUCGACUCGACGUACUUUGGAGGCACUCCGAAGCGCCGCGCGGCAUGCGCGUAUAAAUCCCUUCCCGCUCUCCUCGCAGACCUUACCCUGCCUGCCACGAAGGGGAGAAAUUACUUUCGCCGCGGGAGUCGUAAGCAGCACGAUUUUUAGGCCCGUUGGACGUUUUCCAGGACAUACGUACGGAUAUAUUGCGUCAAUCUCGGGGACACCUCGUCUCGCACGAAAGGACGGCGCGACGAAUAGUAACGGACCUGGAUUCAACGCGAGGAUGUCGCUAUUGACGCGCUCGGUGUGCGAGCUCGGGGACGAGUUAAAGUUAAAUCCGCUUCGAGAGACGCGCGUGAAACCCUUCGUCCUCCUCUUUCCGCUCUCCUCGUCGCGUCUCGUGAUCCGGAUCGCGAGAACCUUUUCUUCCCUUCGCGUCUCCGCUUUUCCCGCCUUGUCACCUAUAUCCACCUGCCUCUUGGCACCUAGCCUCGCGCGCCUUAUCGCGCUUUCCCUUCUGUUUAAUGUCGUAACGAGUUUUACGGCGAUUGAACCGAUUUUACGAGGAUUUCCCGAAUCGACUCGUCGCUGUGUACACGUCCGCCGCCGAUUCGAUCGCGUCAGCAGAUAUCCACCAAGAACGCUGCGGCGUCUACGUGCAAGAUCUUCGCUCUCCUUUCGCGCACGGAGAGAGAGGGAGGGGGAGUGAGGAAGAGGGUAAUUAACUCUCACCGGAGUCUAUUAAACGCUUGAUUGACUUUCCCGAAACUAUCUCACUUCUCCGAAUGGUUUCGCCAUGUAGAAUCAUCUGAAUGUUUCUCUUUGAAGUCUUAACACUCACAGCGCGCCGUGUACAUUCUCGAUUUUCGAGAAGAGAUUUCAAAUUUCCGGGCAAGGUGAGUGCUCAAAGUUGUCAUAAGCUUUUAGCUCCAUUUUGCGGAUCUUCUUAUUCCUCCCAAAAUUUCCGAAAAGGGGGAAGAAAACGGAAAAGGAGGGCGGGGGCGAUGCGCGUCUCUUCCACGGAGAAUUAAAAUUAAAUUAAAAUCAAAGUUAUUACCCCGCGAUGUGCCGUAGACGAAGUUUGGCGUCCCAAGUUCAAGUCCCACACAUAGACCCACUUCUGAACAACGUCCAAUGAAUAAAUUAUCAUCGGUGAUGAGCGGAAGUAGCUUCGUCUACGCUUCUAAUAAACCGCUCUUCGUUCCUUUGCCCCUUGCCAGUCCUGAACAUUGCCGUGUUGCUCAUUUCUUUCGCACCUUUGCCGUCGCUUUUAUGGCGUAUCCAUCGUUCCCGCCGCCGCCGCGUUAAGUCGCUUUGGUUAUCGUCACGAGCGCCAAUUAUACGUCAGACAAUCGUGAGUAGAAUUUUGUGUAUGCUGAGAAAAAAAAAAUAUAUAUAUAUAUAUAUAUUAUACACAUAUAAAUAUAUAAGUCGACGACGGGUCUUUCACGCCGACUUAAUUCGAUCCGCGGGAAGAGCAGAAGAAAAUAGGCGAAUCCUGUGGGUCUUUUCUGGAAUCGCGUCAGAGUCCGGUCGUGGGUCGUACGUACUUGCGGUAAACGCGGGUCGGGCUUCCCCUAGACCGCAUUUACCGCAACGUCGCCAGUGUGGCCUAUGUGAACCUGGCACCGACUUUUAAGAACCUUUUCUCGCAAAAAUUAGCAUUUUGUUUAUAGUUGUUUGUAGUAAAAAUCAUUUUGUUUGUAGUUCCAUCCAUUAAGUAAUACAGAAAUUUUGAAGAAUGACUCGAAUCCAACUUUAAGAUAUCACAAAUGUACUUGCGCAGUUUUAUUUAGAAUCGUUUGUAGUUGUUUGUAGCGCUCUUCGCUUCGUUUAUAGUUGAACUAUUUAGAAGUUAUGUCAAUUUAAAUUCUCUAUCUCCUUAAAUGGACCUUUGAAGCCCGUAAACCAGUCGAGAUACAUUUUCUUUUUUAUGCAAUUUAAAGAAUUGUCAAAUAUAAUCACGGAUCGCGACUUGGAACCUUUGUUGCUGUGCCAACACUUGCAACAAUUAGAUCUAUUGGGUGCUCGAUCUUUAACGCUAGAUAUAUGUUACGGUUUCUUAUUGUGUUGCUCUAAACUGGAGAUGAUCGAUUUGAGUUUCUGCGAAAGUAUCGUUGAUAAAUACAUAAUUUUGAAAAUCGCAUCAGAGCAAAGUUGAAGUUACGUGUUUUGUAAUUCUUUAAAUUCACAUAACUUCUCAACAGUUCGACUACAAACGAAACGGAAAGCACUACAGACAGCUACAAACGACUCCAAACAAGACUUGUGGAGUCAUUUUUUUAAAUUCCCGUAAUUUUAGAUGGAACUACAAGCGAAAUUAUUGUUACUGCAAACAACUGCAAAAGGAACGCCAACUUUCUGUAUAGAAAAAUCAAGCUCUCAAAGUCGGCUGCCAGGUUCACACAGGUGUCACACACAUUGUGUCUCCGCACAACACGCGCGCGUACUUGCUUCACGUGCGCGUCGCUGCGUGUGGUACGUGCGUGUAUGACUGGGUGUGGUAUGUGUGUGGCCUGUCUGUGGGUGCACGUGUAUGCCUGUGUGGGCGCGUGUCUGUUGUAUAAGGAUAUAUACCAAAUACCGCGCACUGCCGUUUCUCGUUAGGUACAUUCGCUUGCGUAAUUAGGUGCCAUUUAGACGAUAUAGUCCGUCGCAUCUCUACACUCGUCUCGAGCCGGCCGAUGAUCAUUCACCAACACUGCUGUCAUGCCGGUAGUUUCUGGGCGAGACCGCGGAACACACCCCCGGGGGGACCCCAUCUUUUCACUCAAGGAUCUCUCUUCAGAGGAUCUCUCUCUCUUUUUCUUUCUCCCCCCUCUCUCUCUCUCUCUCGAGGGGUGAGAGGGAAGAACCGCGAAAAAGAACGCUCCUCUGAGUGUUUCGCCGGUGGCGAUUGAAGUAAAUCGAGAUGUGUAUUGGAUAUCGACGAGCGCGUUGAAUAUGCAACAACAGCGAUCUCUGUUCUCUCUCGCGCGAGCCCCGGGGAUCGCCUUGCCCGAGACUUCUUCUAUUAUCCUUCGGUCCCUCGCGACUCUUCAUCCCGCGGGUUUAUUACCCGUGAGAGAACACCAAAAAAUGCGUCGCGCACUGCCGUAUCUCUCCGCACGAGAGCACUUCGCUUCGGUAACCGGCGCUUGGCAUCUCACGCGAGUCAGCCAAGUCAGUCAGACGAUGACGCCUGGGAACCGGCGCGAUCGUUACUCUCCAAAUUUCUCGGGAGGAAAUUUCCCUGAAUCGAUAAUGUUGCAAAUACCGGCGCUCAGAAUCGCAGGGAUGAAUGUUUUACGACUCCAAGUGGUCGAGUGAAUUUUUAAUGCCGAAUUCAAUUGGACUGAAUUGGUGCCAAUCACGGCGAAACGUGUCACAGACAGAUUCUCUUCAAUUUUGAACAAUAAGUAAUAAAAUAUUUUACCAUUAUUACUAUUAUGAAGUAAUAAAUGAAGAUUUCAUUUACGUAAGGGGAAAGAAUUUUGAGUGAAAAGUUUCGCUCACAAUUAGGGCGAAUUUGUUCCAAUAACAGUGCAGCAUUCCCUUCAGUUUUAAAGAAUAGACAGUACGUAAUAAAGUAUUUCGUUAUUACUCUUAUUACUCUUAUUGAAUAACAGGUGAUAGUGAAGAAUUCAAAGAGGGGAAAGAAUUUCGGAUGAAAGCAUUCGCUCGACGAUUCAGAGGGAAGGAAUUCUCACUCUUUGCGAGUAAAAAGUCACUCGACCUCGAGCGGGCUCGUUGUCGCUCUACUUUUUGAGCGGAAUUUCACUCGGAGAAAUAUUCAGAGUGAAAAUAUCGGGACUUGACACAUGGAAUCUUUAGGCUCGAACGCUAUUUAAAUUUCGAACAAUCUCAGAUCUCUCGAGUUCGAGUCUCAAACCGUUCGGGUCUUUCAAGUCCGAGACGUUGUAUCUCGGAGCGAUUGGAGGCCGUGGAUAUCAUCAGGAGAUAUCUGAGGACUAAUGCAUAUACAAUACACACACACAAACGCGCGCGGGCGUACACACGCACACACAUACAUCGGGAAGAUAAGAACAAUCGACGCGACGCUGCAGCGUAUCCGCAAUUCGCCGAGAUUACGCCUAACGCCCUCGCGAUCGGCCAGUCUCAUGCGAGACGCGGAUCUCUCUGGAGUUGACGAAGUAAACAUCCUCGAUCUCCUCGGGCGCCGGAAAUCCUUCAUCCUCGGCCGAGCGCGACACGGCACGCCAGUAAAAUCCUCGACCUGCUGGCUGGCUGCUUGCUCGCAGCAGCGCGCAGUCGGACUCCUUGAUUCUUCCCGAGGGGGAUAAAACGAGGGUGAGUUUGUCUGAAAUUUCUCCGACGAGCAGAAUAAACAUGCCCUCUCUCGCGUGAGACGACCGACCGAGCGAACGAGCAAGCGAGAGGCGGACGUGACGUCGCGUGUUGACUUCACCUUCCUCCCCACUCUCCCCCUCGUCGUCGCCUUUUAACCCUCCGCUGCCCGAUUCGCCGGUGAUCUCGAGGACAUUCGACGUGCGUACGAAUCGAAUGAAGUAAACAAAACGCGUCGCAGAGAGUUUCUCCCCCGUCCCUUUCUCCGCCGCAUUAUGAUACCGUGAGAUCGCGGAGAAAAAGAAAGAAGAGGGAGGAACACGACAGGAGGGAAGGUUCGCGUAUUGUUACUCGGAGAGAGGUCGACGGGCGAAGAAAGAGUCACGGGCGGAAAACCAAACGGCGCGGCGAACCGAAAGCUACACGGGCGUAUCGGUGCAGCAGCGUCAGGACUUUCUGCAUUGAAUAAAGAAUACCAAGGAGCAUUUUGCGAUAUAUCGUGGGUAAUCGAUUGUGUUGCAUUAGUUCAGUUUGAUAACGUGAACUACGUCAUAAGUGACGUUACCGGAAACACAGUCUGACGGUAUAUACUUUAGAGUCGUCCUACAUUAGUUGCAAGUCUCAAGUUUGCAAGAAAAUUGACCAAUCACAGUCAAUUCUUCGAUCGUAAGAAGAACAAUCGACUGUAAAUUUUUUAUUUAAACGAUCGAUUAGUAAAUUUUCUUACGAUCUUGCGAUUUGCAACUAAUGUAGAACCGGCCUUAAACAUCUUGGAAUAUAGCAAAGGAAUAUCAAUUUUAAAAGAAUAAUAGAAAAAUUGUAUCUUGCUCAUAUUAGUGAGGGAAAUAAAAUUAGUCACUUGUAAUAAUUUUCUCUUCAAUACGUUCAAUAAAUUUCUCUUCAACUCUUCUAUGCACCUUUGUCUAUUCGAUUAAUUGACAAUAUUAAUCUAGAGAUAAUAUAGAUAUAUAUAUAUAUAUAUAUAUAUAUAUAUAUAUAUAUAUAUA